GGGAACUGCGUCACUUCCGGCGGAAGAGGUUGGCUGGCGUCUCCACGGCGGACGCGAAGGAGCCCCGCGAGGGCCCCGUUGCCAUGGUGUUCUACUUCACCUCCAGCGUUGUUUCUGCUCCUUAUACAAUUUAUAUGGGAAAGGAUAAAUAUGAAAAUGAAGACCUUAUAAAAUAUGGCUGGGUAGAAGAUAUUUGGUUUCAUGUGGACAAGCUCUCCUCUGCGCAUGUCUACCUCCGGCUGCACAAGGGCCAGACGAUAGAUGACAUCCCAAAGGAGGUGCUGGUCGACUGCGCGCAGCUUGUGAAGGCCAACAGCAUUCAAGGCUGCAAGAUGAACAACGUCAACGUGGUGUACACCCCGUGGAGCAACCUGAAGAAGACGGGGGACAUGGACGUGGGGCAGAUCGGGUUCUACCGGCAGAAGGACGUGAAGACGGUGACGGUGGAGAAGAAGGUGAACGAGAUCCUGAACCGCCUGGAGAAGACCAAAGUGGAGCGCUUCCCGGACCUGGCGGCCGAGAAGGAAUCCCGCGACCGGGAGGAGAGGAACGAGAAGAAGGCCCAGAUCCAGGAGAUGAAGAAGAAGGAGAAGGAGGAGAUGAAGAAGAAGAAGGAGAUGGAGGAGCUCAGGAGCUACUCUUCCUUAAUGAAGGCGGAGAACAUGUCCUCCAACCAGGAUGGCAACGACUCCGAUGACUUCAUGUAGCCGGGGAGGCUCUCUCUUUUGGAAAUCGAAGGUGGACUUUUUGCCCUGGACGCCCGCCAUAAGCAAAGCGACUUGGGCCUAUCUGUACCUGAUUGGUGGUGGGCAGCCUGCACCUGGGAGGAGAGAGAGGAGGAGGCCUUUUGGAGCACCCCCUUCUGACUCGAGAGACCCCCCGUUGCGUGCAGGCUAUGAGGCAGACGCUGCUUCCCGAAGGCCUCCCACCCCCAAAGCGCCUGGCCCGCCUUCGUCCUCCUGGCCCAGCAGAGACACCUCCUGCGCUUUGCUAUCGAAAGGGAGGCUCCAGCCUUGUCCAAUGGAGGCUCCAGCCUUGUGGUGUAUGAGGUUUGGGGGAGACGCCUUUCCCCACGUGUUUGGGGGGCUAGUUUGGGCAUAGCUCUGUGGGGAGAGUUUGGGGGAUGAGCUUAGCGCUGCUGUCUUCCCGUGCUGUACAAAGCGCUUGCGUGGAGAAGCCCUCCGUUGUGUCACCAGCAGCUGAUUCCCUUUCACGAUUCCAGUAAAGAUGCGUCUGCUUCUA